AUGUACAAUCCAUAUGGGGAUCAAGGACUUUCGUCCAACGUCUAUUCUAAUAAUAAUCAAGCAAACUCACGAGUUGCUCACCCUCAAGGAAUAGCAAAUAAUAUCAACAACAACAGUAACCAAUACCAACAAAAUAUUUAUGGUUUAAGGAACCAACAACAACAACAGCAACAACAGCCACCGCAGCAACAACAACAACAACAACAACCGCCACGAGAAAAUGUGGGUCUCCAAGGAACCCCACAAGCCUUUAACAAUUUCUUCAACGAUCCAAAGGCAAACUUGGGAUUUCAAGUUGGUCAAACCGCGUUUGCUCAGGGAACCCAAAUGAUGGAAAACAAUUUGAAGCCAUAUAUUGGUAGCUCGUCUGAUUUGAAAAAUUUGUUCAAGGUGUCUAACAAGUACGUGUUAAAGAAAAUUCUGCUUAUAUUGUUCCCAUUUAGACACUCUAGCUGGUCAAGAUUGAUCUUGAACAAUUCUGGGUCGAGCAUGAAUAACGGUAACCGAUCCGUCGAAUCCUUUGAAUUACCAGUUAAUGAUAUCAACUCUCCUGAUUUAUACAUUCCUUUGAUGUCAUUUAUCACCUAUAUUUUAUUGUGCGCGAUUUUCCAAGGGUUGAAAGGGGAAUUCCACCCACAAUUGUUUGGGUAUACUUCAUCAAUUGUGUUUGGCUACCAAUUAUUGGACAUUUUGGUGUUGAAAUUGGGAUUGUAUUUAUUGAAUGUCGAAUCUAACUUUUGGGAUUUGAUCAGUUACUCGAACUACAAGUUUAUUCCCUUGGUGAUUAGUUUGAUUGUUGACUUCUUCACCAAGAGCGCGACUGGAGGCAACACUAUCAAUUAUUGGUUGAUUUUCGGGUACUUGGACUUUGCGUUUGCAUUCUUCUUGAUGAGAUCCUUGAAGCAAGUGUUUUUGGGCAAUGGGAUCAACAAUAGCACGCAAACUGUGACCCACAAACAACGACAGAAGAGGAUCUAUUUGUUAUUUGGGUACAGUUUCCCAUUUCAAAUGAUUUUGAUGUUCUUGUUGAUGUAG